CCGUGGCCCCGAACAGUGGCGGGCACGGGCAACACACCAAGCCCACCUGUCCAUGGGGGCGCCCACCACCACAGCCCAGCAGUGCAGUCCCAUGGGGCCCUCAGUGAUUCCAGGGCACAGCCACACGGCUGCUCCUCAGUCCUCCGCGCAGGGCCAGCAGCAGUUCCAGAGACUCAAGGUGGAAGAUGCUUUGUCUUACUUGGAUCAAGUGAAGCUGCAGUUUGGCAACCAGCCACAGGUCUACAAUGAAUUUUUAGACAUAAUGAAGGAGUUCAAGUCCCAAAGUAUUGACACUCCUGGAGUCAUCAGCAGAGUGUCGCAGCUCUUCAAAGGUCAUCCUGAUCUCAUCAUGGGCUUCAACACCUUCCUGCCACCGGGCUACAAGAUCGAAGUCCAGACCAAUGACCUGGUCAAUGUGACAACGCCUGGUCAGAUCACCACAUCACCCCGCAUGGCAUUUCAGUUCAGAACAUCCCCAUAACGGGAGCAACUACCCAACAUCAGUCCUCCGCUCCCAUCUGCUGCAACCACCACUGCCCCACCCCUUGUAACGCAGCCCACUCCUGCCAAGAUCAGCAAGCCUCUACAGCCCCAGGCAUUAACACCAAGCAGCCAGAGCAAUCCGUCCAUCCCUGCCUACACCUCUCCCCGCUCCCCACCCAUGCAGCUCCACCCACCACUCAGCGGGACCCCCACCGGCCCACCCAUGCAGAACAACCAGCCUGUUGAAUUCAACCAUGCCAUCAAUUACGUCAACAAGAUCAAAAACCGCUUCCAGGGCCAGCCUGACAUUUACAAAGCCUUCUUGGAGAUCCUCCAUACCUACCAGAAGGAGCAGCGUAAUGCCAAGGAGGCCGGAGGGAACUACACACCAGCUCUGACUGAACAGGAGGUUUACGCUCAGGUGGCCAGGCUCUUCAAGAACCAAGAGGAUCUGCUCUCUGAGUUUGGGCAGUUUCUGCCUGAUGCCAACAGUUCAGUGCUAUUAAAUAAGACCACUGCCGAGACCGAGUCCGUACGGAACGACCACGGUGGUACUGCCAAAAAGCUGCAGCUCAACAACAAGCAGAGGCCCAACCAGAACGGCUGCCAGAUUCGUCGCCAUCCCACACCAGGGGCCACACCUCCUGUCAAGAAGAAGCCGAAGUUACUGAAUUUGAAAGAUUCCUCGGUGGCAGAGGCCAGCAAGCAUGGAGUCGGCACAGAAUCUCUGUUCUUUGAGAAGGUGCGCAAAGCCUUGCGAAGUGCAGAGGCCUACGACAACUUCUUGCGGUGUCUGGUCAUCUUUAACCAGGAGGUGAUUUCCGGGCUUGAACUGGUGCAGCUGGUGCUGCCGUUUUUAGGAAAAUUCCCAGAGCUGUUCAACUGGUUCAACUUCCUGGGGUAUCGUGAAAUGUCCCACAUUGAAACGUACCCCAAGGAGCGGGCUACUGAGGGCAUCGCCAUGGAGAUUGACUAUGCUUCCUGUAAGAGACUAGGCUCCAGUUAUAGAGCCCUGCCCAAAAGCUACCAGCAGCCCAAGUGUACGGGCAGAACUCCACUUUGUAAAGAGGUCUUAAACGACACCUGGGUCUCCUUCCCCUCCUGGUCUGAAGACUCCACUUUUGUGAGCUCCAAGAAGACUCAGUAUGAGGAGCACAUCUACAGGUGUGAAGACGAACGCUUUGAGUUGGAUGUUGUGCUAGAGACCAACCUGGCUACCAUUAGAGUCUUGGAGACGGUGCAGCGGAAGUUGUCCCGCAUGUCCGCAGAGGAGCAGGCCAAGUUCCGCUUAGAUAACAUGCUGGGUGGCUCCUCAGAGGUCAUUCACCGCAAAGCCAUCCAGAGGAUAUAUGGAGACAAAGCGCCCGACAUCAUUGACGGCUUGAAGAAAAACCCUGCUGUUUCUGUCCCCAUUGUUUUGAAAAGGUUAAAGACAAAAGAGGAAGAGUGGCGGGAAGCCCAGCGAGGCUUCAACAAGAUCUGGAGGGAGCAGAACGAGAAGUAUUACCUCAAGUCUCUCGACCAUCAAGGCAUUAACUUCAAACAGAACGACACCAAAGUGCUUCGAUCAAAGUCCUUGCUUAAUGAAAUCGAAAGCAUCUAUGAUGAGCGACAGGAGCAGGGAUCUGAUGAGAACACCACCCCAAGCACAGGCCCCCACUUGACACUGGCUUACGAGGAUAGCCAAAUCCUAGAGGACGCAGCAGCCCUCAUCAUCCACCAUGUCAAGCGGCAGACCAGCAUUCAGAAGGAGGACAAAUACAAAAUCAAGCAAAUCAUCUACCACUUUAUCCCUGACAUGCUGUUUUCUCAGCGGGGCGAGCUUUCGGAUGUCGAGGAGGAGGAGGAGGAAGAGGAAAUGGAACUGGAGGAAGGAGCUUCCAAAAAGCACAAUGGCGUCCCUGGCAGUGGGAGCCCCUCUAAGUCCAAGCUGCUAUUCAGCAACAUGGCAGCGCAGAAGCUGCGUGGCUGCGACGAUGCCUACAACCUCUUCUUGGUCAACAACAACUGGUAUGUCUUCCUGCGGCUGCACCAGACUCUCUGCUCACGCCUGCUGCGGCUGUACGAGCAGGCGGAGCGGCAGAUCGAGGAGGAGGUCAGAGAACGGGAGUGGGAGAGGGAAGUCCUGGGGCUCAAGAAGGAGAAAAAUGACAAUCCAGCCAUCCAGCUAAGACUGAAGGAGCCCAUGGACAUUGAGGUGGAAGAUUACUAUUCAGCUUUCUUGGAGAUGGUUCGGAAUUUGCUGGACGGCAAUAUGGAAGCGUCUCAGUACGAGGACUCCCUGAGGGAAAUGUUCACUAUCCAUGCUUACAUUGCAUUCACAAUGGACAAGCUCAUCCAAAGCAUCGUGCGGCAGCUCCAGCACAUUGUGAGCGACGAGAUCUGCGUCCAGGUGACGGACCUCUACCUGACGGAGAGCGCUAACGGAGCCACCGGAGGAAGCAUGUCCACGCAAUCCUCCAGGAGCUCUGCAGAGAUGAUCUAUCAGCGGAAAGCUGAGCAGCUCAUGUCUGACGAGAACUGCUUUAAGGUGAUGUUUCUGAGAAAUGGAGGACAAGUGCAGCUCACAGUGGAACUGCUCGACACAGAGGAAGAGAACUCAGACGAGCCCAUGGAGGCCGAGCGUUGGUCUGAUUAUGUGGGACGCUACUUGAAUCCAGAUUCCACCACUCCUGAGUUGAGGGAGCAUCUCGCUCAGAAGCCUGUUUUUCUUCCCAGGAAUCUGAGACGGAUCAGGAAGUACCAGAAGGGCCGAGAGCAGCUGGACAAGGAGGCCUGCGAGGGUGGCAAAAAAUCACUGGAAAAGGAGAAAAUGGAGUGCAUGUUCAAAUUAAACUCUUACAAGAUGGUCUACGUCUUUAAGUCUGAGGAUUACAUGUACCGACGCACUGCUCUCCUGCGAGCUCACCAGUCACAUGAGAGGGUGAGCACGCGACUACACAAACGCUUCCAGGCCUGGGUAGAGGAGUGGGUCAAAGAGCACGUCACGCGCGACAUGAGUGCCGAGACCAACAAGUGGCUGAUGGGCGAGGGACGUGAAGGCUUACUGCCCUGCAGCACCACCCGGCACCCAGAGGUCCUUCACUUCAUGAACAUCAAUAAGUAUCGUGUGAAAUACAGCACACCCAGCAAGGCACCAUAGCCAACCAGAGCCACGAUGACAAACGGCAAACAGACUGACUUCUGGGUGUGUAGGGUCUGAUGUCAAACAAGUCAGGAAUAGAGGUAGGGACAAGGGGGUCAUCAAUGUGUUUUUAAAGGCGACAUGGGAGCACAAUUAAGCUAGCUGCCGUGUGUGUUGCUACUGGGGCGGCAGGAUUACUGAUAUAUAUAAAAAAAAUUUUUUUUUUCUUUUUAAAACCAGCAUUUUUAGCUGGGCCCUUUUUUUUUUCUUUUCUCCCCCCCCUCACAGGGCCUUUGGUGCCAAAACUUAGGAACGGUCAUGUUCCAGUCGCAGACCUGAGCUCUUACCAGCACUCGGAGCCAUGUCACAAACUUCCCUGAGCCUUUUUUACUAAGCUUUGUGAUGUAAGCAGUGAGCCAGAAAGAGAGAGAGAGAGAGCGCGUGGUGCUUUUUGUACUUUAUCACAGCUGAGCUUCAACUCAGCCUUUGACUGACGGUCUGAAGCCAUCCGAGUAAUCGAGUUCCAUCAAAAUCAGUCACACAGGGAUUUAUUUAUGAAAGUGUUAUUCUGUAGUAUUCACUGAGAACAAUACGAUGGACAAGUGCACUUAUGUAGAAAAAGGGGGAGAUGUUUCAGAAGUUGUGUUUCCCAGAUUGAAGUUUUGGAGGGAGCUCAGUAAAGUCUGAGGGAUCUGGUUCAGACGUUCCUGUGUUGCGGCCAAAUCACAAUCAUGUGUCAUCAAGCAGACGGAAAGAGGGUUACAUUUUCCUUUCCGAAACACAUGGCAGCAUUAUUAGAAACCGUGCCUGAGCCCCAAACUCUGUUGUCGGGUUAAGAUAGAAAAGCACUGUUUCAUCUAAUGUAAAAAAAGAAAAAAAAAUAUGAGCCUCACAACAUUGUUUGGUCUCAGACUGUAAAAUUGUAUAGCUUGUGAAUGUCAGAUACUGACAUGUAUUCCUGUGUGUGUGUGUGUGUGUGUGUGUGUGUGUGUGUGUGUGUGUGUGUGUGUGUGUGUAUUAUAUAUAGUUCUAUUAACACACAAGAUCCUCGCCGCCCUGGAAGUCAACCUUUAAGAUGCCCACGCCAAUACACCAGCUUCAACACACAAACACACACACACACACACACUCAUCUUGCUCAUGCCCUCAUGUUGUAAAUACACUGUAUAUAGUCUCAGACUUUUUUAUGACAGAUCUGUGUUGUUGUGCUAGUAAUACUUUCCAAGCUUACUGUGGACUUUAGUGAUAAAUGGCUAAAGUUAGUAUGUAUAUGAAAAGGACAAAUGCAAGACCAUUUAUUACCGUUUUUACCAAAGGGAGUUGAUUAUAAUAUAGAUGUUUUUGCCCCCUUUGUGUGUUCCUUUAUGUCUUUGCUUUUUAAUUUCUGUAGUAAAACAUGAUGGGGUUAAGUAGAAAUGUAUCCAGGUCUUUCAGUUUUUAUAUAAAACACAAACAUUUUAUUUUUUUUUUCUUUUCUCGAUGUGACAUUUGGUUUAAAAAAAAAAAAAAAUCACUGCCCUGCUUUUUGACAACCGACACCGUCCGUGGUGAUGGUGGGACUCAUUUCAAAGUUCAGUGGACUCCAACAGUCUCACCUUGUGAUGCAUGCUUCGCUCCCUGGAUAGAUUUCUGCUGCAAACAUCACCCCACACCAUAUUUUUGAUAAUGGAAGAAGUCACAUGAGCAUGUCUUUAGUCCCUUUAUUUAGACAUUAUUUAAAGUAAUAAAAACAUUUGUAGCCUA